AUGUUGCAAGAUUUGGAGAAAGGAGUCCAAACACAGGGGGUGUAUAAGUUUAACACUGAUGGUCCUAGUAGGUAUAAGGAUGAAUGUAGUUCGAAGGCUUUUUGUGUGAGAGACAGUCAUGGUGACUUGUAUUUGCUGAAGCUGAGAGUCGAAGGGGAAAAAGUAGUAGAAAUUAUGACAGAAGAUGUUGCUCAAGAUAAUGAGAAAUGGGCACCAUCGAUAGUAGUGUAUGUGGUGGGCACAACACCAUCCAUUGGAGCUGUGGAGAGAUUCAUCCUUGGUCAGGGUACCUUCUCUGCGAAACCUACAAUCUUAUAUCAUAGAGAUGGCUAUUUUGUGCUAAGAUUUGCCAAUGAGGAAGAGAGGGAUAUGGUGCCAUGUUCAGGGACUCAUUACUUAGUGAAAAGACCUGUUAUAAUGAAGCCAUGGGUUCCAGAGUUUAAUUCUAAGGAGGAGAUACUCACCACCGCACCAUUAUGGAUUAAGCUCCCAAACUUACCUCUUAAUUGCUGGAAUCCAAAGGUACUAAUUAAGAUGGGCAGUAGCUUGGAGAAGCCACAAUAUGCAGAGGAAUGUACAACCCAAGUAAAUAGAAUUUCAUUUGCCAGAAUACUAGUUGAAGUUGAUAUCACAAAACCUCUGCCCAAGGUAAUUAAAAUUCAUGUUCCUAAGGGGAGAGUUUCGGAGAAGCAAAUAUGGUUUGAAUGGAAGCCUAUGUUUUGCCAGAAAUGCUUACAAGUGGGUCAUUCAUGUGUGGAUAAGCUAGCAGCACAUCCACAAGUUCAGAAAAAAAUCCAAGGACAGGGACAAAAGAAAGAAUGGAUACCUAUCACUGUAAUAGGUAAGGAGCAGGCUAAUGAGAUGGGGCAGGUUUUGCCUCAGGCUCAAAAGGUAACAUAUCAGCCAGAGAUAGAUGUAGCACGGGUGAUGGGAGCAAGGUGA